AUGAGAACGGGCGGGCGGCGCAUGCGUACUUCUAGCCAGUCCCUACGCGACGCACAUCGCGAGAACAUGUCCCCCUUGUGGAUCUUGCUGACGUUGCUCCCUGUACUUGGGGGAGCAGAAAGAUUUAAUUGUAAGGGCCGCAUCCUGGGGGCGUACUAUGCUGACGCCAAGUCUGGAUGCAAGGCCUUCCACGUAUGCGUGAGAGUCGCCGGCGGUGGGAUCCGGGACUUCAGGUUCUUCUGUCCCCCCGGUACGCUGUUCCACCAGGAGGCGCAGACCUGCACGGACUGGGGAGAUGACGACCCCCUCGCCUGUCCCGCGGAUAUCUACGACGGUCAGUUUGAUCUCUACAGGAUCGGAUCCGGAUAUGAUACGAGAAAGCUGUCAUCUCCCGCUAAUCGCGAAGAAGAAACAGAAUUCGGCCUUCAACGCGCCGAGACCGGUGACCGCCGACUUUCACAAAACAACGGCGCAUCAAACGGAGCUGGGUCUGAUCUUCGUGCGGCACAUUCUUCCGACUUUUUCACUGGACAACGUGACCGUGGCCGUGACGAUCCAGUAUCACCCGCAGCGCCUGCUCAACCCACCUCCCAAGCUCCUCAGACACAGCCUCGGCAGUCGUUCAGGAGAGCUACACUUCGCCCUAAAACUACAAUUACAGCACAAUACACGACAGUAUCACCAUCACUUGCUCCACAACCCUCAAGCUUACCACCAUACGAAACAUCGAAGCGUAAACUCGUGAGAAAACGACCAGUCCCAGUUUCUAGUUCUGCGCCGGUUCCAACCACGUACGCACCUAAUUUACCUUCACAACAACCUUACUUCGAACUGACACAGCAAAACUAUAAUCGUCGAAAUCCUCAGAAUAAGCAAAGUAACACAACUCCUAGCACGCCAUAUCAAAACCAACAAACCUUCACUACAAUCAAUGUACCCACACAGAGGCAAAGCGAGACAACUCCGAACUUGCCACCUCAGUUUAGAGAAUAUAAAGAUGAAUAUGUUGAAGUAAGUAGAGUGACACCGAAACAAAAUAAAUUUUACAAUUCCAAAGCUACACAGAUUACUUUCCCGCAGACUACCGCCGCGCCUAAAGUGAACAAGAAACAAGGAUUAGUCGAGUUGUAUAAUAAUGAAGGGCAAUCAACAGCUGGCUACAACCUGCAAAAUGAUAAUCGUUCGUUCAAAGUGCGCAAUGGAUUUAACGUUGACGAAGCACCCCGUGAUCCCGAAUUCAACCGAAACAAAAAUAAUAAUGGAAAUUACAACAAUCGAAGCACCCAAACCACUGCAUCCAACUAUAAUAAUGUACGAAAUGUUGUCCCGAAUACACCACCGUACAAAAAUUAUAACAGCGUGCCUUAUGAACCCGAAAAAAAUAACGUCGUACCGUAUUCUAAAACUAACUAUUUUAAUAGCCCUGCGACUGCAUCAACAACAAUAUCGACAACUUUAAUCACGUCCACGUACCGACCUGAACCACCUGCAAAUCUAAAUAAAGUUGCUUACAACACUAACAUCGGUUUCAACGCGCCCGCUAACAACUAUGACGAAUCUGGAGAAGAUGACGGACAAUAUCGACCACCACAAGGUGAAGACGACGGCUUGUAUAGACCGGAGUUGUAUGACAGAGAGCUUCUGUCUGGAGCGCAUUCUUUGAAUAUUGCAGCCAGUGGUAACAGAUUGCCUGAAGAACGAAAAAAAUUGGCUAAAACACAAUCUCCGUCAAAGUUAAAAUCCCAGACUUCACCGCGACCUUUCAGGCCGGCUCCCACACCGGUUUCGAGUCCUCCACAAACAACUCGAGCACCUGAACUGCCUACAACCACAGUUGUACCGCAGACUAUUAGUGCCCAGCGUACGUUCGACUAUUACCAAACUUAUACUACAACAUCGCGUCCUAGUGAGGCGCCAAAUUUUGCAUCAUAUAAUAAUGCCAAUGUAAAACCUACGACAAAUUUACCCACGAAAACUAUAGAAAGCCGACCAACAAGACCCCACAGCCGUGGUACUGGGGCACCGGUAGCACCCACAAUAUCUCCUACCUAUGUGCCAAGACCCACUACUAAAGCACCGCAUUUCGCUAAGCCUUCGCACAAUAAAGAAGAUACGAGCUACGACUACGCGUACUACGAUUCAGAUCCCGGUUUUUCGGAAUACGACCAAAUCGAAGAAUUCGGGAGAACUAAAGUUAAAACAUAAUUUUAUAAUUUUUCAUUUUACUAUUACACUGCCAUUAAAUUAGUUGGUCUCUAUGGGUGUCGUGGUAAUAUUAUUUAUUUAAACGUAUUGUAAAAUUCAAAGUUGCUGCUUUCAUUAUGUUAUGUGUGAUUUAACAGAAAGGACACCCACAGAGGCGAUUGUCUACGAAUAGUUACCCUAAAUUAUUUGUGAUAGUAAUUAUAAUAAAUAAUCUUUCAAUUGGUUAUAAGUUUUAUAAUCAAACUUUGGAACUUACCCAGUUAUUAGUAAGUACAAAAGUUUGAAGAAGUUUUUUUUCUUUCUAUAAACAUGUCAAUUAAAUGAUUCACUCUAUUGAACUAUUAUACAAAUUUACAUUGUAAUACUACUGCAAUUGAUUAAAUAAAUAUUUCAAAUGAUCAGUGUAAAAUAGGAUAUAAGUUAUAGAUUGUAAAAUAUUUCAUUGUAAAUAAAGU